AUGGAAAAACUUAUAAUUAUUUCGUUGGCAUUAUUUGCCUUUGCUGACGCCGAUAACAAUUCUCGGGUCACACAAACAGUCACUCGAAAUCUCAGAGGAAGAGUGACAAUCACAAGCGAGCACUAUCCUGACAAGACCGAGGAGGGUCUCAAACAAGAAAAUCUAAGCAAAAAAACUCCACUCGUUGACCAUCCUCACAAGCCUAAUAAGCGCCAUGGUCACGCACUUGGACACUUGCAGAUGCACAAAAUGGCCAAAGAUGGACACUUGAAGCACGUCGACGUCGACUUGGAACAUUGGGAAGAACGAACCGACCUUACCGAUGACAUCAAGCACGAAAUUGAAGACUUCAUUGAAGAUCACGAAGAAGAAGUAUACGGCCAAGAAGAUAAGACGCCUCUUCAAACUCAUCACCAUGGCCAUGCACAUGGUCACUUGCACAUGCACAAAAUGGCCAAAGAUGGACACUUGAAGCACGUCGACGUCGACUUGGAACAUUGGGAAGAACGAAACGAUCUUACCGAUGACAUGGUGCACGAGAUUGAAGAUUUCAUCGAAGAUCACGAUGAGGUAGUACAUGGAUAUGAAGACGACGAGGGAAACACGACAUCUGAAGCUGUCGAAGAUCGUCGUCCCCAGGAAGAACGAGCAAACGAACGAUUAGAUCAUGAAGAUGUAAAGGAAGUGAUUGUUCUUCCGACAGGAAUGAACUACCACUACAAUCAAUCCUUGUAUGAUGAUCUGUUGACGGCACCAUUCGACAUUUACUCGGAAAUCUUUCAAGAUCUUCCAUUUGAUAGUGAAAGCUCCUUUCCCGUCUUUGCUAUACCUGGUUGGCAAAAGAGACUUGGGGUAUUUUCUUGCUUUGGUAAAGUUUCCGAAUCCUUCAUUUUUGAAAACUUGCAAUUUUUGCUCCAAUGGAAGGAUAUUCUUGGAGCGAGUGAUGGUGUCAGUAUGGACCUUUACGAAUACAUGACGACUCAUGAAUUUGAAGCCGAUUUGAUCAUUGCCAAGGGCCACAAGGGCGAGGGUAUCAUUCCACACUUGGCCCUUGUGAUUUCGUACUACCAAUUUGGAACCAAGAAGAAGGUACUGAUUCCCUUUGCUAGAAUUGGCGACUUCUUCGACGAUACUUCGGAAAAGCACUUGGCAGACGAGGAAGUGAAAGAAAUGGAACUGGAGGCCCUACAUGAAAUGAUCCAAUCGAAACGAUCAAACAGUACCUUGUUCUCUGACACCCAUCUUGCAGAAAGCACGGACCUAGCAGAAGGCUAUGCGACAGUAGAAGCACUGCACUUUCAAAAGCUUUUCCAACUAUUGAUCCGAAGAAGCUUCCUGUUCUCCUUUGGAUACGCCGAUUGCCUGAUGCAAGAUGAACCCGACAACCUUCGCAAAUGCCUAGAUGACACGUUCAUUGAUGUGGUCAAACUGGAAACAACAGUGAGAGGAGCUCUUGAUGACCAAGUUGUGGAAAUGAUUUCCAUUGUGAAUGAGAGAUCCCAUGUCCAGAACGUUGAGGCCUGCGUGUCGUUCCAAAACAAUAUGGGAUCCAUAUACGAAGCUGCCAGUUGUAGCAACAUGCUAGAACUUGGAUCCGUCGUUACAAUAAACAACCCCUUUCGAAGCCAGCUUCAAUAG